AAACCGGAUGCAUAAGCUUAAAUAUCACAUGGCUUCUCUUGUAUGAGCCCAAACGACAAAUAAAGAGUAGAAUAAAAGAUAGAUAAUAGGUAGUAGGGAGAUCUUUUUCAAAGGGGAUGGAAAGGAGAUGGGGAAGAAUAGUUGAAGAAAAAAAAUGGAGUUAGAGCUUUUGCAGAUGAGGUGGGGACCUAGAGUUGGAAGGAAUGGAGAGGAGUGGGAAGGGUGGUGGGUGAAGAGAGACCGAAGAUGUGUUGUGUACAUGUACCAACUCCCCCUGGUAAAUGUCGUCAGUACGUACUGCAAAGGUGCACUGAUGAGAGAAUGAAAAUGAAGAGCAGGUGAAGGAGGGGUGGUAGGGAACAGGGGCAGACUCUGUGGAUGUGAGGGGAUGGGGGAGAGGGGAGCAGGUGGAUAGGACAUGCAUGUGUGUAGACAGCUCUGAGAAGGGAAUGGGAGGGUGCCAGCACCUGUGAACGGUUUCUGUCCACCGCCUGAACUACACCGUUGACAGCCAUUCCUUCUGAGCCACUGUUGAAAGCAAACCAUUUAAGCCCAAAAGAUAGGACUAACUUUCCUUCUAGCUCUUUUAUACCUUUUCAGAAUUGGUUUCCAUUUUUGUGUGAUUCAGACUGCCAGGAAACGCUGGAAAAGUGAGUGGGAAGGAAGUAGGGUGGAGGAAGUGUGAAAGCCACCUGACCCUCUCAUCCUUCCUUUAGGGCAAAGUGGAGCCUGUCCCUCCUGGUCCCGGAGACCUGGCCCAGCCCGGCUUCCCUGCCCGGUCUGAGCGCCUCACCGGCCACCCAGGGGCCCUGCCUGGUGAUCUUUUCUGCAUCGGUCCGAUUUUACUCCGUGUGCUGGCGAGCUAAGCCCAGAGUCGCCACUGUUCACCCAAGGCACAUUGCAGCCCGACUUGUGUGAUUCAAGCCCUGCUCUUGCUGCUGUGAGUUCCAUCCAUGGCUGGCUUUUCUCAGUUCUGGUCAUGGAGGAAGCCAAGUUUCAGAGGCCGAGAGGAUGACCUGGACCUCGAGGCACUGGUGAACGACAUGAACGUGUCCCUGGAGGGCCUGUACACGGCCUGCAGCAUGCACUCGGACACUGUGCCUCUCCUGCAGAAUGGCCAGCAAGCCCGCGGCCAGCCUCCUGCCCCUGCCCCCCCACGGCUCCCGCCGCCUCCCAUGUCGCCCCGGCCGCUGAUGCAACGCUCCCAGCCAGUGCACAUCCUCCCGGUCAGGCGCCUUCAGGAGGAGAACCAGCAGUUCCGGACCUCAUCUCUGCCGGCCAUCCCCAACCCAUUCCCUGAGCUCUGCAGAGCCAGGAGCCCCCCUGUGCUGCCACCAGGCUCCUUACCUCCAAGACAGGCUGCCAUGAAGCUGGAUGUGAAAGUCUUUACCGAGGAUGGGACCAGCAGAGUGGUGGAGAUCCUAGCAGACAUGACAGCCAAGGAUCUUUGCCAGCUGCUGGUUUACAGGAGUCACUGUGUGGAUGAUGACACCUGGACCCUUGUGGAGUACCACUCACAACUGGGAUUAGAAAGAUACUUGGAAGACCACGAGCUGGUGGCCCAGGUGGAGGCCUCCAUGGCAAGUGAGAGUAAACUGAUAUUCAGGAAGAAUUAUGCAAAAUACGAGUUUUUUAAGAAUCCGAAGAACUUCUUCCCAGAACAAAUGGUCACCUGGUGCCAGCCAUCCAAUGGGAGUCAGACCCAGCUGUUGCAGAAUUUCCUGAACUCCAAUAGUUGUCCUGAAAUUCAAGGCUUUCUGCAUGUGAAGGACCUGGGGAGGAAGUCAUGGAAGAGGCUAUAUGUGUGCUUGCGUCGGUCGGGCCUGUACUAUUCCACCAAGGGAACCUCGAAGGAGCCCAGGCACCUGCAGCUGCUAUCUGACCUGGAGGACAGCAACAUCUUCUCCCUGGUUUCUGCGAAGAAGCAGUAUGGUGCCCCUACGGACCAUGGGCUCUGCAUUAAGCCAAACAAGGUCAGGAACGAGAACAAGGAGCUGAGGCUGCUGUGUGCUGAGGACGAACAGGGCCGUAUGUGCUGGAUGACGGCGUUUAGGCUGCUCAAGUAUGGAAUGCUCCUCUACCAGAACUACCGCGUCCCUUAUGAUAGGAAAACCAUGCUGUCUCCCUUCUCUGCGCCAGUGCGCAGUGUCUCUGAGAACUCCCUGGUGGCAAUGGAUUUUUCUGGGCAAACAGGAAGAGUGAUAAAUAACCCGGUGGAAGCCCGCAGCGCCGCCCUGGAAGAGGGCCAUGCCUGGCGGAAGCGCAGCACACGGAUGAAUAUUCUGGGAAGCCAAAGUCCCCUUCACCCUUCCACCCUCAGCACAGUGAUUCACAGGACCCAGCACUGGUUCCAUGGCAGGAUCACCAGGGAGGAAUCGCACAGGAUUAUCAGGCAGCAGGGUCUCGUGGACGGGCUCUUUCUCCUCCGUGAUAGUCAGAGUAACCCAAAGGCCUUUGUCCUCACACUGUGUCAUCACCAGAAGAUUAAAAAUUUCCAGAUCUUACCUUACGAGGAUGACGGGCGGAUCUUCUUCACCCUGGACGAUGGGAACACCAGGUUCUCUGACCUGAUCCAGCUGGUUGACUUCUACCAGCUCAACAAGGGAGCGCUGCCUUGCAGACUGAAGCAUCACUGCAUCCGUGUGGCCUUAUGACCUCAGACGCCUGCCGGCGACACCACAGGAAGCGGACACUGAAAGGAAGAGAGGAGGACACACCCACCCUGCACCUCGGGACUCGCAUGGCUAUGCGCGUUCCUGCAGUGCCAAUGGCCAAGAGCAGCUAGUUAGGUGGAAUUCAUGGCAGCUUGCUGGCUGCGGACCUCGAUGCCCCCUUGUACCCCAGGGAGGGCUCAAGGGGUCCCGAGCAAGCCCGGAAGAAACUGGAAGGAGCGUCUUGGCUAGGCCCCUAGAAGGAGAUAGAGCGGAGGAAGCGGAAGCGAACUCUUGCCCUGGGAUAAUCUUGACAAUUACAACUGCUAUGUUUACUUUUUUGUAUUGAUCACUUCUGCACUCCUCCUUGUGUUGUCCGUAUUGUACUCAGCUAUGGUGGAGGGGUGUGGCUUUUCCUUGCGUGUGUGAGACAGGAAGCGUUUCCAUUUGGCAGACUGCAGGCUGGAGAAGGUCCCCAGAGGAUGGGCCAUACCCCUUGCAGGUUGUCACUGUGUGGAUUCAGCUCCCAAUUGCAAAUUUCCCCUUGCCCUUCCCGGUAUACUUGAAAAGCUUUUUUUUUUAAUAAAAGGUGUCUGCUGUGGUCGGCACUCGGCCGUCUUGUGGACUCAGUCUCGCCGCCACAGCCCUGGUCACUGCCGUGCGCAGCCGUCUAGCCCUCCUGUCAUUAGGUGUCUUGUUCCUUGUGGCGCUAGAGACGUCACAUGUUGGGAAGUGCGUGGUCCCCACACAGCCUGGCACAGGGUGCCACGAGGGGUGCAGGCCAGCCUGGGGGACACAGUGGGCACUGAGCAGCCCACACAGAACCUGGCCCCGUGUUUCUGUGGCCUCUGCAGUGGCCCUCAUCAUUUCCCGAUGGUCUCCCCAGCGGUUCAAGAAUUUGAAAAGGAAGUGGUACCCGGUUGGCUGGGUGCUACAUCCUGUGGGUUUCCAUGGUGAUGAAGGCCAGCAAACAUGGCCCGGGGCACAGGUCCAGGCUGGCACAUUUUUAAAAGGCCUCUGCUUGGUGGCCCCUGUAUCAUGACUCCCAGGCAGGCACCUCACAGGGCUUGAGGACUCCCGGGGUCCUUCGUCAUGUCCCCUGAGCUGAGGUACCAGCUGUGAGGUGACCGCAGGACCCCCUGGAGCAGCAGUAGACUACUGUGCCAGGCGGAUCACCGUCUUCCCCGUGGUCAUGCCUGACCGGCUCCUGUGACAGCCAGUACUGGAUCGCCUGGCUCUCCCCAACAUGCCCCAGCCCCUCCCCCAACGUGCCCGGCCCCGCCCCUGCGUGAUCCCAGCCCCUGCUCCCAAUGUGCUCCCAGCUCCACCCCCAACGUCUCCUGGCCCUGCCCCUGUGCCGCCUGUGACAGUGACGUGCGUAGUUCGGCGCCGGUGACAGACCAGCUGCCCGUGAGUCUGGUGUAGAAACACUGUAUCUUAGUUUACAGCCCACACUCCAGUCGUGUCCGUGCAAUGUCUGCGUAUACAAGUGAAGAAUCCUCUUUAGCAAACGUGCUGUUGACCAUCUGUGCUGGUGGCAUUUCCUCCUUUGCAGCCGCUUAGUCGUCCCAACUGUUGGCUCCGAGCUCUGCUGCGUUCCCGCCUGGUAGCGUGCGCACCUCCACCCAUCCGUGUGUUAGGGACGGGGCUGUCAGGGCUGCCACUGCACCCUUGUCUUUGGGUGGACGUGAGAUCUUUAAAAAGGAAAAAAAAAAAUUCUAGAAGAUUGUUUUCUGUUUACGUAGACCAGUCCCCACAGUGCAUAGCCUCGAACGCCCAUCCGGGAGACAGCUAGGAUGUGCAGCAUUUCCUACUUAUGAGUAUGCGUUUUACUUAAAAGGCGGAUGAGAGCUUGACUCUGAUUCAGUUUAUUUGUAGCUGGUCGCUGUAUUCUUUUGUACCCCAGCCAAAGUGGUGCCCCACUCCCCUUGGUCGCCUGGCCGCCUUGCACGGGGGCUGGGAAUUCCACGCGACAAGAGCUUGUCCCCGGGGCUGUGGGCGUCCAGCCCCUGGCAGGGACGGACGGACAUUUGACUUUUAUUUUUGUAUUUAAUUGACAUGAAUGUAAAGGGGACAGCUCAGGGUUGUUUUGGAGCCUGUUGACUUUUGAAUCUCUGCCUGUGCUUUUUCUAAAGGAAAACUCCAUGUAGCAACCUGGACUAAAUCGAGAAGGAGAACACCAAAUGCUUUGGGUAUUAGCAGCUCGUAGGGAAGCCCCGUCAAUAGGUGUUAGAAUUCCAGAAUGUGUUUUUGUUUGGUAAAUCUUGAAGAAACAUGUGCCUCAGCUUAGCUGUUUUGUCUUCUCCUUUCUGCACUUAAUACCUGACCGUCUGCCUGCCCACUGCGCCUGCGUGGGGGUGGGCCGAGCUCGUUGUAGAUUUGUGAUGUUGUAGUACAAGCUCCAGUGACCAUGCAGUGGCCUGACGUGUGCGCAUUUUCAGGGAAUGCAGAAGGUGUUGAUUCUGAGACAAAACCUUUACUCCGUGUGCUUUGCUUCAUUCUGUAUAUAGCUCUUUGGCUCGUGAACCUAAUUGUAAACUUUCAGGUAUUUUUGUACAAAUAAGGGACUGAUGUUCUGUUUCUUG